CAGUCCCUCGUUUACAGUCAGUUCACCUGUGGCCUUCAUUGAGUGUGGACGUACGAUCCGAUCCUGUGCUAACCGACUCGAUCCGCCCCCUAAGUGUUCCCUCCAUAAGUGUCUUUUAGUCCGUAACAGUUAGCCCUCAUCCAGGAAAGAUGGGGUGUUUCACAAAGUUAGCCUUGUUCAUCGUGAACUUCGCCAUCUUCGCAGCUGGAGUGGCAGUGGUUGCCUUAGCAUCUAUGAUAAUCAACACUGACAGCACAUAUGGAAGUUUGCUUAUAAAUGGGAUUUUCACUCUCCCCAUCAUAAUUCUGAUUGCUGGACUAAUCAUUGUGAUCAUUGGCUUCCUUGGAUGCUGUGGUGCCAUGAAAGGAAGUUCCUGCAUGCUAAAAACUUAUGCAUUCAUCAUCAUAGUACUGCUGAUUGCUGAGAUUACUCUUGGUAUUCUGUUGCUGAUUUACCCCAACAAAGCUGAAGAUGCCAUCAAGACAGGAAUGCAUGAGGUCUUCAAGAACUAUGGUAUUGAUGAAGCCACUGAAAAAUCCAUUGAUGCCAUAGAGAGUGAUCUGAAAUGUUGUGGUGUGGAUAGCUACCAGGACUGGCAGAACUAUUCCUACGGUUCAACUGGUAAUGUGAGCAGGGGAUGCUGCAUUGAAGAUGACUCUGAUGCUUGCUUCAUGAACAAGAAUGAUUUGCCCGAGGCUCAAGCAAAGCAAUACAUCUACACAAGAGGCUGUUAUGCUGCACUAAAAGAGGAUCUCAAGGAUGAGACCAUUGGUUUGGGAGUGGUGCUUUUCAUCAUGGCUAUUGUGCAGGUCCUUGCUGUUACCUGUGCUUGUGGUGUCGCCAAAAAGUCUAGCGGCAGUACCCACUACGCCUAGAGGUCUGCAUUCUCAGUCAGUUACAGGCUGGCAGUUAAGAGGAAUCCUUUCCCUCCUUUAUUGGAGAGAUAAUUUUAUGUGUAGAUAAUAGUUUUGAUUUUUUUAACAAAAUAUACAUGGGUGGUGUUUUUAUUUAUUAUUUUUUCUAGGAAUAUCAUUAUUGUACCAUUUUUUUUAAAUUUUUUUUUUACUACAUAUUUGGAUAUGUACAGAAAGAAAUUUACUAUGCAUUUGUGAAAACCUUAAAACGGCAGACUUGAUUAAUAUAUUUGUAUUUCAUGGUGACACUAAAUGAUUUUUCUGUGUUUUCUAUAAAAUAUAUCGAACCUACAUAUAAACAUGUAUAAAAGAUCACCUAGAUUAAGUGUGCAUAACAUAGAUAACCCAUACAUACCUUUCAUGGACUUGUUUAUAAACCAAAAUGUUUGCACAAGGAAUGAAGUUAUUCUUAAAGGUUGGAGAUAUUUCAUACUGAUACUAUCUUUUCUUUCUUCUGAAAUUUGUCUCCAUUCCACUUACUGCAUUCUUAAAUUAUUACAAGACAAAUUUUUAAGUAAAUUUAUAAAAAGAA